AUGCAGGCAAGUAGUCCUCUAAUCACCCUUUCUCCAAGCUCUCCAAGCUUCAAUUCCUACUCUUCAAACAAACUAGCAGAGAUUGCAGCAAGAGUCGUCCAAGAAUUCACAAACGAUUCAGAACUACCAGAAGACGCUAACAAUAGCAUUUUCUCUUGGCAAGAACAGCAAGGAGAAGGAGAAAAAGAUCAAGAAAACAACCAUCAAAACGACAACGAAUUGGGCGAGAACGAAAACGAGGAGGAUGAUGACGACGACUUCGAGUUUGCAGUUCUAAGUAAGCCAGAACCACAUUUCUCUCCAAUUUCAGCUGAUGACAUCUUUUACAACGGCGAAAUCAGACCCUUCUAUCCGUUAUUUAAUACCAAGUUACUUUUAGACGACCAAGAAUCCCUACCCAAAUCCAAGACCGCAACUGAUACUCAAAAUACUAAGAAACCAAAUAGAUUACCCCUCAAGAAGCUCUUCUACGAGGAGCGUGAAACGUUUUCGUGUUCUUCAUCGGAAGCUGACGAUAUUGACAGUGCAGAGCCUGGAACUUACUGUGUGUGGACACCAAAGAAGGAAGAGGGGUCCUUUGGGAGCUGCAAGAAGAGCAGCUCUACAGGGUCUAAUUCAAAGAGAUGGAAGUUUAAAGAUUUGCUUCACAGGAGUAAUAGUGAUGGUAAAGAUACUUUCGUGUUCAUGACGCCUAAUAACAAGAAGAGUACUGGCGGCCAUCAGAGAUUUGGUAGUGAUGAUCAUGAUCGUAAUAAUAAUAAUAAUAAUAAUGAGAGUAAAGAGGGCAAAGAGAAAAGGAAAGAAGUGAAAGGAGCCGGAGGUUUGUUUCGAUUUCAAGAACAGUAUUAUAUGAAGAGUAAAGAAGGAGAUAAACGCCGGUCGUAUUUGCCUUACCGGCCGGAUUUGGUGGGGUUUCUGUCUAAUGUUAAUGGGGUGGGCAGGAAUAUUCGUCCAUUCUGA